AUGUUGUUUGCACUAGGGACAUUCGCCGCUCUUUACACUCUCUAUAUCUGCCUCCGUGCGAUAUACUAUGUUUACUUUCACCCACUCUGCCAUGUUCCCGGGCCGAAAACAUGGAUCGCGUUUCCUAUUCUGCAACACCUCUCUGCCAUCCGGGGGACACUUGAAAAGGACAUGAAGUGUUGGCAUGCAAGAUUCGGUACGGUGGUUCGCCAUGGCCGCGACGAAGUCUCGUUCAUCACAGCAGAUUCCUGGAAGGACAUCUAUGGCCACGGUCACUCCCAACUGCCCAAAGUCAUGUCAUCUGCUAGCAAUCCAGCCGAUAUCAUCAGCGCCAAUGACGCGGAUCACACUCGCUUCAGGAAGGCGCUAUCUCAUGCGUUCUCAGCGAAGGGACUCCAGGCACAAGAACCGCUCGUUAUAGGUUACGUCGAUAAGCUGAUUGGGCGCCUUAAAGACAUUGCUGAAUCGAGCUUACCAGUCGAUAUGGUCAAAUGGUACAACCUGACUACCUUUGACCUGAUAGGUGAUCUUGCCUUUGGAGAGCCUUUUGGUGGGCUGGAUAGCUCGGAGUAUCAUUCCUGGGUAUCGACCGUUUUCGCCUUCGUCAAGGUUGUCCCGUACCUCAAAGCGAGUGACUCGUAUCCUCUUUUCUGUAAAGCCCUUCUCCUGUUCCUGCCCAAGGGCUUCCUGGAGGGGUGGAAAAUCCAGAUUCACCAUGCCAGCACCACUGUGCAGAAACGACUCAACAACCCCCCUGCCCGUGAUCGUGGCGACUUUAUGGACUCCAUGCUACGACAUCAAGGACAGAAAGAUGGGCUGGUUCAACAUGAGCUUGAGGCCAACUCGAAUAUCCUCAUCAUUGCAGGGAGCGAGACGACGGCCACAUUGCUGUCUGGCGUGACGUACUGGUUGCUACGAACCCCUGAAGCACUGGCAAAGGCGACAAGAGAGGUUCGACUCGCAAUGAAGAAUGAAGCAGACAUCACGUUCCACAAUGUCACCACUCAGCUUCCGUAUAUGCUUUCUUGCAUUGAUGAGGCAUUCCGGAUGUAUCCACCUGUGCCCAGCGGCCUACAGCGUAUGACCCUAUCUCCAGUCUGCAUUUCGGGAUACGAACUUCCAGCCAGAACAAAGGUCGCCGUCCACCAAGCCUCCGCAUACAUGUCGCCCGCCAAUUUCCACUCCCCAGACCGCUUCAUCCCCGAGCGCUGGUCCCCAGAGGCUAAGAGCGAUCCGUCCUCACCUUUCUUCUCUGACAACCGCGACGUCCUCCAACCCUUCUCAGUCGGACCGCGUAACUGCAUCGGGAGAAAUCUGGCCUAUACCGAGAUGCGUGUGAUUCUUGCGCGCGUGCUUUGGAACUUUGAACUCGAGCUCCAGCAGGAUAGUUUGAAGUGGAACGAACAGAAAACUUAUACGCUCUGGGAGAAGCCCCCAUUGAUGUGCAAAUUGACCCGACGUGUUUCCUUCCGCAAGUGA